ACAAACAAACUUGUCCAUGAAACCGGUCUAACAACGUGAUUGCAGAUCCAGUCACUUUUAGGUGUAACUACAACACAACUCCACUUCCCAUGAUCCCCUGAGAGCAGAUCUAACUUCUCCAGCCCGCUCGGGUCCACAAAGGGUUUUGCUUGGCAAGUGUUAAUAAGCAAGACGCUUUGGCAGAGUCACAGACAACCAGCAGCUUUCCUUCCCAUGAUGCCCGAACUCAUGCAGUAGCAGCAUGGCUGUUCAAGCUGUCCACUGCAAUCUGACCCAGAAUGGGAUCGACCAUCAGGUGUGCUCAGAGGAAGUGACAUCACACCGGGAGGAAGUGUGUGUUGAUCAUGGACUGGAUGAGGACAGUCUGGGUUUUCUGGAGCAGAGUCCUGGUUUCCAGCGCCGAUCUCCACCUCAGCGCUCCGUCUCCGAAUCCGAGCUGUCCCGGCUGGGAACGGUGAAGCUGUCGAAGCCGGUGGCUCUGUGGACGCAGCAGGACGUGUGUAAGUGGCUGAAGAAGCACUGUCCCAAUCAACACCAGGUGUACAGCGACUCCUUCAAGCUGCACGACAUCACCGGUCGAGCGCUGAUGAGGCUCACCGACAGAAAGCUGGAGCGGAUGGGAAUAAUGCAGGAGAUUCAGAGACAGUUCAUCCUCCAGCAGGUCCUGCAGCUCCGCGUCAGAGAAGAAGUCCGAACCCUUCAGCUGCUCACGCAAGCCUCUCUGGAGAGUUCGCCGUAACUCGAGCGUUCCCGGAGAUCCUGCGUUCCCGGUCCAUCUUCCACAACGUCCACGUUCAGCCCCUGCUGUCUUCCUUACUCUCUAUCCAGCGGAUCUAUACCUCCCUCUGAUCAAAACUGAGCUUCAGUGGCUCUUUACAGCAAACACAACCUCGAAGAAUCGUCCGGACUGUUGAUGUUCACUUUUGGACGAUGUGAAAGACUUGCUGCUGAAUUGUGUUGUUUGUUGUAUGUAAUUCUGAAGUGUAGCACUUUAACUUCUAUUCCUGCCAGCGCUCAGCACACAGCCUGUUAGCAAACCUAUCUAUCUAUCUAUCUAUCUAUCUAUCUAUCUAUCUAUCU